AUGGGAUCCAGAGAUUCCGUAACGCCGCGAUCGCGUCAAGUGCAUGACCGCGGACGCUCGCGAAGAAGGCGCAGCAAAAGUCCACAAUAUCACAAGUCAAAGCACUACGCAAGAAGAGACUCACCAAGAUCGCAUAGCAGAGAUGGAAGUCACAGAAAACGACGUAGUAGACACCACUCAGACUCAGAGGAUUCCAACGACACCACCAAGAGAAACAGGUACUCGAGAGGAAGAAGGUCAGAUUCUCGAGAUAGACACAAACACAGAGAAAAACAUCAUGAGGUAGAAACAAGACACUCUACACAUCAUGACAGGCAUUCAAGACGUGAUGAAGGAUCAGAGAAACGAAACCAUGCCCAAACUACGAAACAAACGGAUACACAACCAGAAAAAAGACAGAAAAACACGGAUCACAAAGAGGAUUCGAAUACUGUUCAAGCUACGACAAACACAACGCAAUCUGCGGUAAAGGACGCUACAAAACUCGAUCGUUUGGCGAGGUUCAAAAAAUUGGCCGAAGAAAAAAAAUUAAAGGCAGGAGACGAUCAAAAUGCCAACGCAAUCAAGCUACUAUCGCUGAAAUUGGAGGAAGCAAAAUCUAAAAAAGUACAAAAUAAUGCACUAGAAAACUACUUUCCUUCAACUUCAGAAAAUCAAAAAAAUGAACAUGAUAAGCAGGUCUCGGAAAAUGGAGAUGUAGAUCCACUGGAGUUCUAUAUGGACACCAUUAUGAAAGAAAGCGAAAGGGAUAUAAAAGAAGUACAACUGGACCCUGUUGUCAAUCAAGAGCUAGAAGCAGAGUCGGAUGCCAACAAGUCGGUAACUCUGGAUGAAAUUAUGGCAAUGACAAACGACGAUAUCACAGCAGACGAACAACAGGAAAAAGAAUUCCUAUCACUAUUGAGAAGAAAGACACGAAAAGAUACAAAGAAACAACAGACGGAUGAUAGUGUAAUUUCAAGCGAUGAUGAAAAACCCGAACCACCGACAACGGUGGAUUACGCCGAAUUGUUCAAAACAACGACAAGAAGCAGGAUAGAAAUGCCAAAAGUUGACCAUUCGACAAUCAACUAUCCUCCGUUUAAGAAAAACUUCUAUGUACAAAUUUCGGCAAUAACAGCUAUGAAAGAACAUGAAGUAGAUGCAUUAAGAAAGGCUAACGGAAAUAUCAGGGUUAGAGGAAAAAAUUGCCCAAGACCAAUAUAUAACUUCUCACAAUGUGGACUACCUGACCCUAUACUAGCACUACUACAACAUCGCAACUACGAAAAACCCUUCCCGAUUCAAAUGCAAUGCAUACCCGCGCUCAUGUGUGGACGAGAUGUACUCGCAAUCGCAGAAACAGGAUCAGGAAAAACUAUUGCGUACUUACUACCAGCAAUCAGACAUGCCCUAUACCAGCCAAAACUUAGAGAAAAUGAAGGAAUGAUUGUACUCAUUAUAGCUCCCACCAGGGAAUUGGCAAGUCAAAUAGGAGUAGAAAGCGCGAAACUAUGCAAACUAGUCGGACUUCGCACAAAGGCGGUAUAUGGAGGGGCACCCAUAGGUGAACAGCUAAACGCGUUGAAGAGGGGAGCAGAAAUUGUUUGUGGAACACCUGGAAGGCUUAUUGAGGUACUCACAAUCAGCAACGGAAAAGUUACGAAUUUGAGAAGGGUCACUUUUGUAGUCAUCGAUGAAGCAGAUCGCAUGUUUGAUCUGGGUUUCAGCCCACAAAUAACAGCUAUUGUAGACAAUGUUAGACCUGAUAGGCAAACAGCACUCUUCUCAGCGACAUUCCCACCUUCAAUUGAAGCUCUCGCUAAAAAAAUACUAACGAAACCGCUACAAAUUAUAGUAGGAGAGUCCGGAAAGAGUGCCUCGCAAGUAGAUCAACAUGUAAUGGUAUUACAUGAAGAUCAAAAAAUGUAUGCAUUGCUCAAACUUCUUGGAGAAUGGCACGAACAUGGAAGCAUUAUCAUUUUUGUAAACAGACAAUUGGAUGCCGAUAACAUGUUUUCUGAACUUAUCAAACAUGGAUAUGAAUGUGCUGUACUUCACGGAGGGCAAGACCAAACAGAUCGUGAAUUUACACUUCAAGAUUUUAGGGAUGGCACAAAAGGCAUACUAAUUGCAACUUCUAUCGCAGCCAGAGGGAUCGAUGUCAAGUCAGUCGUUCUGGUCAUCAAUUACGCAACACCCGAUCAUAUCGAGGAUUACGUACACCGUGUCGGCAGAACGGGGAGAGCGGGAAACAUAGGUACAAGCUACACGUUCAUAACACCAGAAGAAGGUGCUAAGUCACACGAUAUCAUCAAGGCACUCAAAGCGUCAAAUCAAGAGGUACCAGCAGAAUUACACGAACUUGCGCAGAUGCACCUGGCAACACUUGAUGGAAGACAUAAAGUACGCUUCGGGGGCGGAUUUGGAGGAAGGGGAUUCAAAUUCACUGAUGCCGAAAAAUCACGCCAACAGCAAGAAAGACAAUACGCAUGCCGUGCUCUAGGGUUCAAUAAUGACACGGAAGAAGAGGAAGAUGCGGAACUGGCGGAAAAUGCUGGCGCCGCGAGUACAAAUAAAACGGUGUAUAAUGGACUUCAAAGUUCAAUAGCGCAGCCGCCACAAAAGGAAACGACAAACCCGUUUGACAAACCUGUUAUCUCGGUUAGUUAUAAGUCGUCGGUCUGGCAAUUCUCUCAGCGCGAACCGCAACCGAUGAUCAAGGGACUUACUUGUGCUGGGUAUGUCGAUGCCAACACGGGAUACGCCCAUGAUGAAUUUGGUAUAAAUUCCUACCCCGAGUUUGUCAGACUCAGGAUCACAAACAAGGAGGUUCUGUCGUACAUCAUGGAGCAGACGGGCGUCACCCUGCAAGUAAAGGGACGUUACAUACCUGUGGAAACAGCGAGACGCAACUUAAACAUUUCCGGAGGGACAAAGGGACUAUACGUCGAAAUAUCGGGACCGACUGUUGUCAGCGUGCAGGCAGCACUGAGCGAACUGAGAAAAGUGGUACAAGUAGCAGCCGCGCCGCAAUAUGGGCAACCAACUAUGCAAAAGACGACCGGGAGGUACUCGUCGCGGGCUGCUGUAAGGUGUAAUAUACAUACACAUCUCCCUCAUACUCGUAAAAGUGGUUUCAUGAGGAUGGAGAGCGAUGAAAAUCACGAAAAUACAACAAUAACACGAUAUGAUGUUCCCAGAGUAGUUGCAUUAGGACUCAACCACGCGCUAUGCGUAACCAAGUCCCUAACCUUUGGACAAAGCAACGUAACCAAUCAACGCCAUGCAGCGGGGCCGUCCGAAGUGGUGGAUGCCACGUUGCAUGUCCAUUCUUGGGGGAAAAGCAUAUUCAACUGUCUAGGACAUGGACUGAAAGUCAAUCUUAUCAAGACACCAAAACCCAUCAAUUAUUUUGAACGCAAAAAUGUCAGCCAAGUAGCCUGCGGUGACUAUCAUUCAGCUGUGCUGGUGUUGCCCUAUGGCAUGAAAGGUGGCACAGUAUAUACAUUUGGUUUGGGCACAGCAGGCAGGCUGGGAUAUGGUCUCCACAACCGGUCAAACCAAAACAACAUAAAGACAGAUAACACGAUAGAAGAACAGGAAGCAUCCUGGUGUACAGUAGAUCCACAUCCAGCUGGAUUAACAGUAAAUCUAAAACAAAAUGUUGUCUCGUUAGCAUGCGGAGCAAAUCAUACUUUGGUGACCACAGUAGAUGGAUCCCUUUUUUCUUGGGGAAUGGGAAUAUUUGGAGUACUUGGAACAGGUGAGUGUAAGAAUCAGUAUAUACCUGUCAGGGUAAAAUUCCCUGUGGAAUCCUUCAUGAUAAACUGCGCUGCUGGAUGCCGUCACUCCUUUGGACUAGACAACACAGGACAGAUAUGGGCAUGGGGAUACGGAGGCAAUGGAAGACUUGGAAUAGGAGAUACAAGGUCGUACUAUGCACCAAAACUGAUUCAGGCGCUACAAGGAUGCCACGUCAUCCAGGUAUCAUGCGGAGACUCACACUCCGCCUGCAUUGACAAAGAUGGAAAGGUUUACACUUGGGGCUCGUCUAAAGGUGGUAAACUCGGUCACAAGAUUCUAGGAGAUGAUCUAUUAACUCCCACUGUUGUAGAUGCACUCCUUGGCUCCAAAAUAGUACAGGUCGAAUGUGGUACGGGAAUAACGCUAGCACUCUCCGAAAGCGGAAUAGUAUAUCAAUGGGGGGCUAUACUAGGAUGUGUCCCCUCGUCAUCAGACACCUUGCCUCAGAUCGCACACGUUCCUAGAGAAGUCCCAGAUGCAGGGACAGAAAACGUAUUCAUAGCAGCAGGACCAUACAGCUGUGCAUCCGUAAACGUUUACGGCGAUUUAAAAACUUGGGGAGUAGGAAGCUGCUACAGACUGGGACACGGAAAUGUAACUGACUAUCUCACGCCAAAAUGUGUUCCGGAAUUAAGAAAUGCAGUCUUUAUAGACAAGAUAGUCAAGGGACAAGGACAAAUUCAACGCGAUACAGCAAAUGAGGGAACGGAGGACUUCAAGGUCACUGUUUCCGCCAAUGAAAGACGUAUACAACAGCUGAGUGUUGGACUUAACCAUGGUGCCAUGCUUACCUGUAAUGGAACCGUCUAUACAUGGGGAGCUUGCAAUGGCACAGGUUAUGCAAACGAUGGUGAAAACACGGAAACGUAUUACGAACCCAGGCUUCUUAACUAUUUCAGCACGAAAAUUAAAAAAAUCGCAUGUGGAGCGAACCACACCUUAGUUGUAACCGUUGAAGGAUUACUGAUGGCAUGGGGGUGUAACGAUUCUGGACAACUAGGGUUAGGAGACCUCAGAGCCAGAGGGUUCCCGGAACAAGUGUACACCGUGGAGUAUGCCAUAAACGUUUUCGCCGGAAUGAACAACAGCUGUUGCGUUACCACGAACAAUCAUGAACAUUUCGCAAACGAUGAAGUAGGCACAGUAUGGGUGUUCGGAUCAGCUUCGGGAGGAAAACUAGGACUUGGUGACAAAUGUACAGUCACUUUCAUAAUGACACCGCGAAAAAUCGAUUACAUAUCGGGUGUUUACAAGGUUGUUCUAGGGCACACCCACUCACUACUUCUACAACACGAAGGGAUAGUCUAUGCCACAGGAUCAGGUGCUGACGGAAAACUAGGCAACGGGGAUUUGGAAACACUCUAUUCGUUCACCCAAAUCCAAAGCGACCUUAAGUUCAUCGAUAUCGCCGUCGGUGCAUCCCAUUCGUUAGCUGUCUCUAUGGAACACGACCUAUAUGGCUGGGGGAGGGGGAAAUAUAUCAAUGGAAAUGAUGAACCCAUUGUACAACCCAGAUUGAUAGAUACACUGCCUUCGCAAAUUGGUAUUGCCAAAGUGCAUGCCGUGGUAGCAUUCGCACACCACUCACUGGUAUUGACAGAUCAAGGACACCUCAUUGCCUGGGGAGAUAAUUCUUUCGGGCAAUUAGGAGUACCACUCAUGACAAACGAUAUAAAAGCAAUGGAGUUCGUAGAUCGUCCAUCGGUAGUCAUGAUUAACUCACCAGUAACCUCAAUGGCGACAUCUCGAUCAUUCUCUGCCUGCAUGACCCUUAACGGCGAUGCUUACGCCUGGGGUGCUUCUUCUGAUGGACGAUUGGGGAUUGGAGAAGUGCGUAAUAAGGUGACAUAUGAACCAACCGCAAUCGCAACUUUGUCACUCAUGGGUGAUAUGCUUGAUAAACUCGAAAGCGUGACUCUUCAAAAUGGAUUCUCUUCUUACGCAGCGGCAGUAAGGUCCUUUAUAGACGAGCUGCACUUCAGAGGCGACAAGGAUGUUGUGGAUUGGAAGGGCUUGCAAAUACUUCUAAAGAACGAGGAAAGGGCGUGCUGGGAGGCUUCAUUGAAGGCAUUUGAGGACGACCUAGUAAAGUGUUUAAAACAACAUGUAGACAUCAUACUGGAGAUGGAUAAGUACCAUCACGAUAUGGAGUCCCUGAAAUUCAAACUAGAAGUAGCAAUGCAAGGAUUUGUGAACAAAGUCGACAACUCUAAAAUAAGAAGGGCUGAUGGGAAUGGAGAUGAGCUCGGGGACUACACUCAAUUCGCAUCUUACAUAGAACAAGUUCUAGAGAAUGUAUUUCUGCAACCUGGGUAUUUCGUACGACUAUGCCUUUUCGGUAAUGACAUUGCAACCGUAAAGGAAAUGGUGACAUGUGUAUACAAGCGACUCGACAUACCAAGGGUCCACAACCAGUUUGUCGCUUUGUUGAUGACGUUGCUCAGAGAGGAGAUCCAAUUGUGCUUUAACCCGCAGGCACCUCUAAAUGCAUCCGUCUCGCCAUUCGCAAGGAUACUGCGUCUGUAUAUGACAUCCAGACAAAUGAACGCGGCAAAUGCCUCUAUUUUUUAUUCAAAAGGGUGCGAAAACUCUUUUGUUAACUUCAUGAAGCAGCAUAGGCUAGUGCUUCCAAAUACAGCACCACCCAAAAGCGAAGAGUUAAAGAGCUUUUCCAAGUUUAUAAUACACCUAAGCAAGGUGCUAUCGGUUAUGGUUGUGCCGAAAUACGUAAAAAUUGCGUUCAAGAGGAUGCACAACUUGAUCAAGUUCAAAAUACCGCCGGGAUGGACAUUGCCAAAUGUACCGCUAGAAAAUGUGGCAAUAUACCCGUUGAUACCAACUUUUGUAUACGCCGUCAUACAGCCAUAUUUUGAGGAUGCUCAAACGCUUGCAGCCUCGUAUAAUUAUGACGGUAUCAAUGAUGCGGCCGUAGCUCACAAUUUCAAAACAGCGUCACAAUAUUUCGAAUACAUUGUUAAUCCGAGUUUGACAAUGACGCCUUCUGCAUCGCAAGAGGUUAAUCGUGAAACAAUGUCUUUGUACCGCAACGUCUCACAAAUGCUUCUCGAGUACAUCAAGACAUUAUUGGAUAUUGAGGACACCUUUAAUAUAGAACUCACGAUGGAGACAUUCAAGACACAUUUUGAUCUUGAAAAAAUACGUAUAGAUGUACCCAGCUGGGUUGUAGCACAGUUCUUAAACGUAUGCGCUGCUACAAGGAAGUAUCUUAACCUCUCCGCGCAUGACCCGCUGGGGAAAAUCCUAGAAGCUAUGCUACAGGCAAAUGGAAAUGACCAAAAAAUGUCACCGUUGUUCAAAGAAGAUCUUAUACGAAAACUGAAUUUUCGACAAAAAAUCACAUCCACGCACAUUGAACACAGGUUUUUGAUGUUCGAUAAAAGCAUGUCAAUAUGCAGAUUCAGUGGCGUGUUUUUGCCACAAAGGCUUGCAUAUAGACAAACAACGUAUUCAGAAGACUGCAUCAAACUCAUGUCUUUGAUCAUGCGCUACGUGGCAUUUGGAAGAUAUGAUCCGCUCCGAGUCGUACAAAACGCGCUCUCAGAAUUGAAACAGCUCGAUAUGGAGCCAGGUGGGUUCGACGCUAUAACUCUUGAGCUGGAAAACAUGGCCCAAUAUUACACGCAGUUGCCUUGUCCCGACCAUCUAGCAAGCAACCGAGCAAGGGAAGCUUGCGCACAAUUGAUGAACAUCGACCGCACGCGUAUGACACCAAAUGAUAUAGCUGCAAAUAUUAUGAAGAAAGUUCUAGAAAGACAACAACAAAGGAAAUACCUACUUCAAGUAUAUCAACGACAAGGAGAGAUAGAAAUCGCCCGAAUUCAAUUCGAAGCGGCAUUUAGAGAAAAAUGCCAGUACCUUGCUUUGUGUAUUAACCAUGCUAACACAGCAUACGUCGAACCGCGCAUUCUGAACGCAGCAUUGGUAAAUCGUGUUAAGCUCCAUAGGAACAAACUCGCCGUCGCGAAAGCACAGGUAAAUGCGGAAUCGGCCACCUUCACUUUAUCCACGCUCAUGAAGAGAGACCAAAUAACAUGCAAAAGGGCAGAAUAUAUGCAACGAGCGGAACAACUCUUCGUCGUGUUUAAGUUUCUACCCAAAUCAGGAUGUUACUUGAGCCUACAUGGACAACCUGAAGGUGCCAACGAAGUGGUGCAAUUGGAAACCUGCGACGUGCCAUUGUACACUUUAAAAAAAUGGUCGGAGUGUACAGAAGACAGCUUCGUCGAGAUGUUCACCACCCAAGCCUACCCACAAGGGAGUUUCAGCAUACGGAAGAGGUUUCUUGUUGAAACCUUCGCACAACUCAUGGAAUAA